GGACCAACACCGGUCAUGGGGAGCUACCGCCGCCUCCGCGAGCGCGGCAUUUUCUCCAGCAGGGCUUCGACCUCUCCACACGGAGGGGACGAGCCUGGUUGCUGAGGUGGAAGGGAUGGCGGACCCUCUGAGGAGGACGCUAUCCAGGCUCCGGGGGAGGCGGGGUCCCCGCGGCGCCGGGGGGCUCGGGCUCCGGGCGGCCGCUGUAGUUACGGUGGCUGCUGCCUCGUCUGCCGACGGAGACGCCGGGGUUGCCACGGCCGCCCCUGCACGCGAGUACGCCGGGGGAGCAGCGCCGAGCCUGGAGCAGCUGUGGGGACGCGAGGCGCAGGUCCCGGGAGGGCACCUGGAGCAGUCGUGGGCGCUCGGACCUCGCCCGGGCCGCGAGCUCACCCGCGUCUCUUCUCGGAACGCCCCGCCAGGCUCCGAGAGCAGCGGAGAGGAGAACGAGAACGACGACAACGCUGCCGACUACUAUGAGAACCUGCCCGGAGGUUCCCAGCCCGCGCCCGAGGUUGAGGGGGCGGAGGCGGAGUGGCGGCCCCCCCCUUCCCCGGCGGCGGGCUCCUCCCCUGGGGCGGAGGGCGGCCGCCAGGAGACGGGCAGGCUGCGGACCCAGUUGCGAGAGGCCUAUUAUCUGCUGAUCCAGGCCAUGCACGACCUGCCCCCUGACUCGGGCUCACAGCGAGGCGGCGGGGGUUUGCCUGAUCGCUGUUGCGUUGCGGGAGCCGGGGCUCCGGGCCAACCGCCUUCCCCCAGCGGCUCAACGGACAGCCGAGCCUGCCCCCGAGUCUGGGAGCUGGGAGGCGGCGACUGCCCUCGGCAACAGGUGUCCCCGCCCGAGUCGCCUCCGAGGGAGGCAGGGGGAAGCCGCCCGCGGACUCCUCGAAUGCGGCUGUCCUGUAGCAGAAGCCUCGAGAGCCUCCCGGUGGGUGCCAAGCCACCUUCCUUCCAGCGGUGGCCGAGCGACAGCUGGAUCAGGUGCGGCGCGCUGGGGGAUCGCGACGCACCCCCGCCACGUGGAGACGGGAUGGACGGCUGGAGCGGGGGCAGCGCUCGGGUCGCGGUGCCGGUCGGCCUCCUGCCUUCCCGCUCCAGGGGCUCCGGCCGCUCCCCUGGGAGUCCUUUUGGGGAUCCUGCGGGGUCCUCUGUGAUACGCAGCAAAGGAGACGGCCAGGAGGGGCUUCCCUUCCUCAGGCCGCCCGCAGUGACAGUCAAGAAGCUGCAGAAGUGGAUGUACAAAGGACGCCUUCUGUCCCUGGGAGUAAAGGGUCGCGCCCGUGGGACACCUUCCAAAGUCGCGGGAGCGCAGGCAGCCUCUCCAAGUCUGAGCGCUUUGAAAGUGCAUGAAAGCCAAGCCCUCGCGGUGUCUCCAGACCAAAGAAUUACACUGACAGAUUUAUUUGAAAAUGUCUGUGGGUCUUCAAUGAAGAGAAGGGAGCUUGAAGAUCUGAGGGAUAAUAUUGAACUCAGUGAUCAAAAGCCACUUAACAGCAUCACUGUUUCAAAGAAACGUAAUUGGCUGUAUCAGAGUACUCUGAGAUCUCUUGAUCCGGAAGAAGAAAAUAAGAAAUGUCAACAUUUAAGCCAUUUACCCAUCUCACCUGUUUCUCUACCUAAACAUCAGCUAUCUCAAGCUUUCCCCAAAUCAUCUGAAGUAUAUUGUACAUACGUGAUGUGUAAUGCUAUUAACUCUUCAUUAUCAAGAAAGUGUUCUUUAGACUUUAAUGAGGAAAAUGAUGCAGACGAUGAAGGAGAAAUAUGGUACAACCCCAUUCCUGAGGAUGAUGAUCUUGGCAUAUCCGGUGCCUCCAGAUUUGGGGAGGAAAACUCUGCUGUUUUGAAGCUUCCUGCUGCCAGUUGGAGAGUAUUGUCCGGCAGUGACCUAAGGAAAGCAGAGCAGCGCCCUGCAGACUUGAUGUGCUCUUCAGAACAUACAGGUGAUAUUCAGACCACAGGGUCAACUAAAGGGAGUCCUGCAGAUUCUGUCUGUUCCACAGAUUUCUUGCAGCAGUACAAGCAGAGGCUUGGGCACAAGACACAAGAAGGUAUAAUGAUGGAGGAUGGUCCCAUGUUGAAGUCUCCCCUUGCAGGUCCUGGGAUCCUGAUUGCUACAAAUAAUACUGAAUUGGGAGUUCUAGAACCAACUUCUCCAAGCCCUAGCCCUGUGAAAAAAGGUGGUUCAAUUAAUUGGUCUUUCCCGGAUAAAAUAAAAUCUCCACGAACUGUGAGGAAACUUUCCAUGAAAAUGAAAAGGUUGCCAGAACUUAGCCGAAAGCUGAGUGUUAAAGGAACCCUAAAUUAUCUAAACAGUUCAGAUAACACUCCUUCUUUGUCUAAAUGUAACUGUCAAAAAAUUCAUCAUACUGUCCUUCUUCCUUCUGGGAAUACAACCACAGCUGCUCGGAGGAAUGUUAUAAGCCGGUAUCAUCUUGAUACCAGUGUAUCUUCUCAGCACGGCUACCAGAAGAAAACCUCUAUGAGUUCUAAAUAUUCCUGCAAAGGUGGUUACCUCAGUGAUGGAGAUUCACCUGAACUUAUCACUAAAUCUAGCAAGCAUGGCUCUGAAAACAGAUUUGGAAGAGGAAAAGAAAUAAUUCCAAAUAGUUGUACCAAAAAUGAAAUAGACAUUGAUGCUUUUAGACAUUAUAGUUUUUCUGAUCAACCUAAGUGUUCACAGUACAUAUCAGGGCUCAUGAGUGUGCAUUUCUAUGGUGCUGAAGAUUUAAAGCCACCCCGGAUAGAUUCAAAAGAUGUCUUUUGUGCAAUUCAGGUAGACUCAGUAAACAAAGCAAGGACAGCUUUGCUCACGUGUCGGACAACCUUUUUAGACAUGGACCACACUUUCAACAUUGAAAUAGAAAAUGCACAGCAUUUGAAACUAGUCGUAUUCAGUUGGGAACCCACUCCAAGAAAAAAUCGAGUGUGUUGUCAUGGAACUGUUGUUCUCCCCACCUUAUUCAGAGUGACAAAGACACAUCAAUUGGCCGUCAAACUUGAACCUAGAGGUCUUAUUUAUGUGAAAGUGACUCUUAUGGAACAGUGGGAGAAUUCUUUUCAUGGACUAGAUAUAAAUCGAGAACCAGUAAUAUUUGGAGUUGAUAUUCAAAAAGUUGUAGAGAAAGAAAAUGUAGGAUUGAUGGUGCCACUCCUGAUACAGAAAUGUGUUAUGGAAAUUGAAAAGAGAGGCUGCCAGGUGGUAGGCCUGUACCGAUUAUGUGGCUCUGCAGCAGUCAAGAAAGAACUUCGAGAGGCUUUUGAGAGGGAUAGCAAAGCUGUUGAUCUAUGUGAAAAUCAGUACCCAGAUAUAAAUGUAAUAACAGGCGUUCUUAAGGAUUAUUUAAGAGAACUUCCUUCUGCUCUGAUAACAAAGCAGCUUUAUGAGGCUGUAUUAGAUGCAAUGACAAAAAAUCCUUUGAAAAUCUCAUCAAAUUGUUGUGAGAAUGAUCCAAUUGACUCUAAGUACACAGUUGACCUGCUGGAUUGUCUGUCUGAUGUUGAGAAGGCAACCCUAAAGAUGUUGUUGGAUCAUUUGAAACUGGUGACUUCUUAUCACGAAGUGAAUAAGAUGACCUGCCAGAAUUUGGCUGUAUGCUUUGGACCAGUAUUAUUAAGUCAGAGACAAGAGACUUCCACUCAUAACAACAGAGUCUUUACUGAUUCAGAAGAACUUGCAAGUGCUUUGGAUUUUAAAAAACAUAUUGAAGUUCUUCAUUACUUACUCCAACUUUGGCCAGUGCAACAUUUAACCAUCAAAGAAUCAACAGAAAAUUUGUCCCCAGAGCAGAAAUCUUCCCUGAAUUAUUUGAGGAGGAAGAAAGAACGGCCAUAUAUGUUAAAUUUGAGUGAUAUUGAGACAUCAGGAGUACUUAGGCCGAGGCAAACCAGGUUAGACAGCCCACUCAGCAAUCGUUAUGCAGGUGACUGGAGCAGCUGUGGAGAAAGCUACUUUUUAAAUACAAAAGAAAAUAUGAAUAAUGUGGAUUAUGGUGAUGUCCCUUCAGAAGAUAGAGAAAAUGGAGAAGAUUAUAGAAAAAUGGAUGGACCAGAUAUAAUGCUUGAACAGCCAAUCCCCAUGUCUAAAGAGUGCACAUUUCAGACAUAUUUGACAAUGCAAACAAUUGAAUCUACAGUGGAUCAAAAAGUCAAUCUCAAAGACCUACAAGAAAGUAUUGAUACUUUGAUUGGAAAUCUGGAACGUGAGCUCAACAAAAAUAAGCUUAAUAUUAGUGUUUGAGAUUGAUUAUUUUUAUUUGUUUUUAUCAUAAUGUCUUACAGUUUCAAAUCACUCUUUCUCACUUUCUUAUUCCUCCCACAGUGAUGUUUUCAUUUAUUUACUCUUGAAACCUUCAGUUUAUUUCUAAUAAUUUCAUAUGAUACAAUUACAAACUAUUCAUUAAUCUAAUUUUUGCUUAUCCCAUUAGAAAUUUCCUUGGGAUAAAGAUAACUUGAAUUUCUUUUGGAUAUUUUAAUAAAUCUUGCCAAUUGUAUGGAUAUAACGUUUAAAUGCACUUAUAAGGUUCAGAUAACUUUUUGGCUGGCCCCUCAAGAUUUUUGUAUCUUAUAGGAACUGCUCUUCUGCAGCUGAGGCAGAUGUUCCUUUUAGAGAAAUAUAACUUCUCAGUCAGAUUUGCAGCAAGAGUCAAUGUAUACUGUAACAUCAUUUGGUCCCAUUUCAUUUGCAAUGUAAAUGCUGCUAUAAAAAACCUUUUGUAAAUAAAAGUAAAACUAUACAAAUAUUAAUGUAUUCUUUAUUAACAUUCAGUAAUUAUUUAAGUUUAUAAAAAAUUAAAUAUUUUUAUAAUCCUGAAAAUAUGUAUAUAUUUAUAAGUGCUUAUAUGUCGAGGUAUUAUAAUGGUGAGGGGUAACUAUAGAAUCACAUGUAUCUUUAAAAUAUAUAUGUAUGUCACAAAGCCAAAAUCAUUAGCUUAGAAAUGUCUUUUUCAGGGAAAGAACAUUUAAGUUAAAGGAGGAGCUAUAUAGCAACAGUUGAGCAAAAAAAGAAAUUAUCACUCUAGAAGCAUCAGAAUGGGAAUAGACAGAAAAUCUCAAUAUCCUCAUGAAAUCUCAUCUUAAAGUUAAAAAUUAAAACCCCCUACUAAGUUCUUAAGGGAUUAAGUACCCAGAUUUCAGCAAUGAUGACUUCAAUUUAAAAAAAUCAUCUUUACCUAUUCUGUUCAUUUUUACAUUCUGCAUAUUUGCAAUAGUACAUUUAUAACAUUGACUUUAUAAUUACUCUCAUUUGUUUCUAAAGAAAUCUUGCCAUUAAUACCACAUUAUUGAUUUUUGAAAAUUAACUUAUUUUGGCUAAGUAUAUGUAGAAAGUAGUCAUUAUAGCAAUCACAUCAGUGUUUGGAAAUGUAUAUUUAGAAGUCUUUUUAAAUUAAAUCAGAAAGUAUUUUAUUAAACUUUUAUACCUAUGAAUUUUGUAAUUUUAAAAUUAUAAAUGAAAUUUGAGUUACCAACUUAGAAGUAUAGCCUUUGAAAUACUGAUUUCUUGAUGUUUUUCUAAAUAUUAAACUGUAUAUUCUAUGCAAUAUUCAUUGGUAAACAGAACACCUUGUUUUUAAUUUGAAAGCCCUAGUGUUUAAAAACAGAUGAAAAACUAUUUUUUUAAGAUAUUUUCCUUUUUUAAAGCUUUGUGUAUAAUGAUUCAGAAUACCAAAAGAAUAUGUGACAAGUAUAUGUAUUGAGUAAACACUCAAAGAAAUGUUACUUUUAAAUGGUUUGUAAGAAGACUGUCUCAGUUUUCUUCAUUUUGUUUGCUAUAUCAGGUAUAUUGUAUAAAUUGAGUAAGUUGAUCCAAAAGUGUAAAAAUUUUUAUUAAAAUAUUAUAACCUUGUUGUCUUGCUAUUAAUUUAUCAUACUGACUUUAAGGAUCACUUAUGUUAGUAUUAUUCUUUUAAACAAUGGUGUUAAAGUAUUAGGCUAUCAUGUAUUAUUUGUAAAUAUAUGUAAUAACAUUUAUUUGUCCAAAAUUGAAUUUUCCAGAAUCUGAAAUACUUUAAGGGCCACACUUAUUUUGUUAAAAUAUUUUGGAUGGUAAUAGUUUUAAAGAUAAUCUCUGUCAUCUCAAAUAGAGGGUACUAAACACUUUUGUUGUAUAAAUCACCAAGUCAUUAACUGUGAACCUCUUUUUAUUGACUCUGCUAUAUAGUCAGUAGUUCUAAAUGAGUUUGAGUGAAUUUACUUGGCCUUUUUUUUUCUUUUUUAGUGCAAUUUUAUUGAGAUAUAUUCAUACACCAUGCAGUCCAUCCAAAGCAUACAGUCAGUGGCUCAUAGUAUCAUCACAUAGUUGUGCAUCACCAAAAUCAAUUUUAGAGCAUUUGCAUUACUCCAUUUACUUGGCUUUUUACUGCAAAUCUUUUUUGAGGUUUUUUUAAUACCUGCUUUGUAUAAUUUACUGGAACCUUCCUACACUGUUAGACUACCAACUGUCAUUCCCUUCUGAGCUUGCCAGCACUGAUGUUUUUUAGGAUUAAAAAUAAUUUUUAAUUUUAAUUCAUGUACCUGAAUAACAAUUUUAAAUAAUUCAGAUGAAUAGAAAAUAAAAAGUAAAAGUACUUCUCCCUGUCAUCCACACAGAUUCCACUUCUCAAAGGUAACUUUUGUUAUAUCAUCACUCUAAUAUAUUUAUUCCUGCUGUUUCUUGCUUUAUCACUUAAGCAGUGUCUGUACAUUGUCCAUUCUAAGUGAUAAGCAGCUAAUCUCUCUUUCUCCCCAUUGUUGUUAGUUAUGUUUUUAGUUCUUUUGAUUUCCUUUAUAACUUCAAUAACCUUGAGCUCUUGGCCCAUCGAUUUUUAACAGUAUGUCUUGACUUGCUACCAUUGAGGAAAUGAUUGUACCUGUACUUCCCUUUCAACUCAUUACUGCCCUUGACCUCCUAACUUACGUAUGUUAUACUAUCGUUUUAUAUA